AUGGCAGCGGGUAACGAUACCAACGCUGAGGGGGAAUGUGCGGAGAAGGGAGACGGACAGUCUGAAGAGAGUCAGGUCUCGGAGCUGCGAUGUCCCGAAGAGGCACUUGCAGGGCUGGAGGACGAUUCGAGACGGACCCAAGCAGGCGCCAAGAGAGAAUGUGUGAGAGAAAGGGAUGGGCAAGACUUACUGGAUCGGAAGCUAGUUUUGGUUUGGUUUGGGUGUUUCGUUGGAUCGAAGACGGCUGGUUGUUCAUGCUCAAGGCUACCGACGUGGGGCCGAUUUGGGAAGGUCGAACGAGAGGCAAGAAGAUCGGGAGAAUCGCGACACGACUUUCUCCAGAGGGAACACCCGGGAGCAACCAUCCAUCGGUACAUGAGCCAACAGAUACGAGCAUACGUCAUCAUAGACUGGCCACAUUGUUGCGCCAAAAAAACGUCGGUGGCGCCGUGA